GGGAGAAUAAAUAGUGGAGACAGCAGCCCAGAGAACAUGCCCACAGCUUCCAGUCCCCAGCCUCUGGGCGCUUGGCUCCCGGCUCGCAGCCUCCCACCAUGGCUCGGCCUCUGGCCCUGGCUCUGCUCCUCUUGGCCCUCACUGUCUGCUGCCCCGGAGCCCAAGGGGGAGACAACGGAGCCCCAGACUGCUGCCUGGCCUACACCCAGCAGAUCGUCCGCCUGAACAUCGUCCGUUCCUAUCGCCAGCAGGACACAAACGGGGGUUGCACCAUCCCGGCCGUCAUCUUCAGCCCCAAAAACCCGAAAAGGAAGGAUAUAUGUGCCGACCCCAGCAUGCCUUGGGUCCGGGAACUCCUGCGCAAGCUGGACAGGUUUCCGAAGGGGUCGUGCGGGAAGAACCGAAGCCAAGGCCAGACCUGCAGACGGACAAAGGACACUCCCAAGCCCAAGAGAAAGAGGGCCCAGUGACCCCCUCCCAGACCCACGCUGAAGGUCCCAAACUCAGCGGCUGCCAGAACCGGAGCGGGUCUGGGACAGGAAGGGGCAAGGCUGAGACUCGGCAGGCCGGCCCCGGCCCUGCCUCCCCACACCAUGGGGCAGAUCCCAGCUUCCCUGGAACUGGAAGGAGCAGAGCGGCAGGGACCCCCUUCUUCCCCCCCUCCCCUUGUAAAUACCCUUUGGAUCCGACUCAAUAAACCGUGUGAACCCCA